AAAAGGAAUUUGUUUAAUGUGUCAAGUACUAAUGAACAUAUCUUAUAUUUAUUAAUAAGUCUCAUAUGUAAGCUGUUGACGAAGAUUUAACUUAAAUUGUUAAAUGAAUGAGUUUGAUAUAUUAGACUUUAAUUUGUAUUUGUUGUGAUCUAAUAUUUUUUAAAGUUUCAGAUAUGAAUAUAACGAAAUUAAGUAUUAUAACAAAAUUAUAUAUCCCCCCUAAUUAUCCCUCAACUCUAUAUAAAAGAUCCUACGCCACAACCAAAUCUUUCAUACGUCCUAGAUUAUUUACUCAACAAAUAGUGUUAACUAAUGGAGCGACUUAUACAUUACGUACAACAUCACCAAAGCCAAGAAUCAAGUUAAUAAAAGAUACUAGAAAUCAUCCAUUAUGGAAUCCAUCUCAAUUAUCACAAGCAUUAGAUGAUGAUAGUGGUCAAUUAAGUAAAUUUAUUAAAAAAUUUGGUGACGAAGAAUAUGAUUUAGAAUUUAUGGAGAGUGAUGAAAAUUUACCUGUCUUAACAAGUAAUGAUAUGAAAAGUUCUGGUAAAAGAAAGAAGAAAUAGUAUAAUUGUUUGAAUUAAUGGAAUUAGGGACUAAUGAGUAUGCAUCUUUUGUUUUUUUUUGUUUAUCAAGUUUUUUGCGCAUCAAUGGAAUAAAAUGAUGUUAUGAAUUCAAAAGUAUAUUUUAAUAAUAUAUACAGUACAUACAAUAUAUUUUUUUUUGGUUAAUGCUAAUAAGUUUUUUUA